AUGACCACCAACCACCACCAGCCGAGCAACGGGCGAUGGCAGCAGCAGCAGCACCCACCAGCAACAGCAACAGCAACAGCAACACCAGCGACGGAAGACCAGCGAAGCGGACCAGGUUCAGCACCCCAGAAGCAGAACAACCCGGCCCACGAGCUGCUGACCAUCCGCAACAGAAACUGGGACAAGAGCCAGAAGGACCGAGCACACCGAGGAUCGGAAGCCAAAGACCCUCAGCCGGCGUCUCCUUCCACGACGAUCCCUCCGCCGCUCGCACCUCAAACCCCAUCAGACCGACAAGACAGUCUGACCCCGUUGAGCGAGCCACGCUCCGAGGAGGAAAACUAUCCGCUGACCGCCGAGGUGUCCGAGAACGACCCUGAGAUCAGCCAGUACGAUAUCUGGAGCGAUUGCGAGCAGGAGGACUUCGACCAAUCCGAGCUUCCCCACAAUGGACUCCUGCCUACCGCCAGCCAGCUCACGUCAGCAACAGCCGUGCAGGAGCAGCAACAGCUUACCGCAUCCACACCCCAUCAACCCAAGCCGCCGGACCCGCCAAAUGAACCCGACCACGCACCCAGCCAGUCGAGGAAGAGUCAACUAUCCCCAGACCACCGCCAAAGCUCGGCCCAUUUUAUUAUCCCAAGAAGAUCGAUCUCCAGCCCUCUCCGUCCCCCCUCCAAUCCGAACCCGGCGCCCAAGACCAAAAGAACCGUGUCCUCCCUCUUCACAACCGGCACCGGCGAGCCGUUCCCGAUGGCCAUCCACCCGCCGUCAUCCGGCUCGCCCACCUUCCAACCCGCCAUUCUGUAUCCGCCCCCGACCGCCACUUCGGCACAAAAAAGCACGCCCGAAGAGCGCCAGACCCGGCCGAUGGACGACGACGCUCUUCCCUAUCUGCCGGCCGCGAAACCGCGCCGCGCGUUGUCCUCGCUCUUCCAGACCGGCGCUGGGCAGCCGUUUCCCAUGGAUGAGCCCGCCGAAGAGACAUCCUCCUCGUCGGCGGCGCAGACCCAAGAUUGCCCCGUCUUCGGGUUCCAAACCGCACGCGGAACCCCGGUUGCCCCACCCUCCAAGGACGCGAUGAGGAAGGCGCUCGACAUCUGCGCUCAUCCCGCGCUUUCUCCCUUCCCUAAGCCGCAUUACACUGAGCCCGACUCGCCUAGUCCUUCACAUCGAGCUAAGAUCCAGAAAGCUUCACAGCUGUCGUGUUCUUCUAGCGUUUCUCCUAGUAGCAGGGCCAAUGGCGCCAACAAAUCUCCAACCGAAGACAGCCGCCCGAUCGUCCGAGCGCCCACUCCGAGCAGCUCUUCAAUGCCGCCGCCGCCCACCAAGCUAGACUCGUCGAAGCCAUCAGUGGGCGGCCUAUUCAGCACGGCAUCUGGCACCCCUAUCCAUAUCCCUAUCAGCGCAAUCGAGCGCGCCCGCGCGCAUCUGGACAACCCCUCUCAAUCGUCAGACUCGCGCCCACCCCCCACGAACCGCGCUGGAUCUCCGCUGAAAGAUGUAUCGAAUCUGCGGCCCGCUCCACACAGCCAUCAUCGGCUCUCUGCCACGACGGACCUCUUGACAGGCGUGGGAACUCGCCCGUCUGGUCAUCCCUCCCUCUCAGCCAAGCUACACGAGUCUCUCAGCGCGGUGGUUCCCAAGAUUCCCUCCCAGCCGACUACCGCCGCCACGCUGAUGUCCACGCCCGUCCGCACACUCUCCAGCGGGAUGACCGUCCGGUCCGCCCUCCAAGACUCCCCCAAUGAGCCGCCCUCGCUCCCCCAUACUACCACCACCGCCCCCGUCAGACGGAUCUCAAAUCGGAUCCAUAUCGGGCUCACCCCGCAGGCCACUUCCAGACGCGCCUCUCGCGAGGGAAAAGCCCAGGAACCCCGCUCAUUCGUCACCCCGUUCAAGAAGAAGCUCGAGCCCAUGCCGGGCCAGCCCGUCUCGCUGUGCACGCCUGCGCGCACCGCUUUUUAUCCGGCGCAAGAAACGCCCUCGGCAGACCCCUCUCGGCGCUCGGUCAUGUACAUCGACCCGGUCACUCCCUUCGGCAGACAGGGCUCAUCGGGAGGAAAGCCCCAGAGUGUCUUCGACCUGUCAACAAGGUCGCGCCAGAAAAUCCCAAUGGCACAGUGGCUCGCAUCACCUAAGGGAUAUUCGGCGCGCCAUCUGCUGUCACUUGCAGUGCCAGAGUCGGUGGUCUACAUGACGGCGAAGUCGGCGGCAAUCUGGACCUUCAAUGCGUUCACCGAGCCCUUCGGGGCUCUCCAGGCGCUCGGCGAGCUGCUCCACGCCGGCUGCUCGAUCUCCCGUUGCUCGCCUAAAUGGGUGGCUAAUCAUUGGGCAUUGAUCGUCUGGAAACUCGCCGCGUUCGUCCGCUGGCAGCCCGACUGUCUAUCCCGGGUUUGGAAGCCCUCGAAUGCCGUCCAACAGCUGAAAUACCGGUAUGAGCGCGAGUUUGUGCGUGGUGACCGUCCAGUUCUGAAGCGAAUCCUGGAGAAUGACUGUCCCCCCAGCAUGCCGAUGUGUCUUGUCAUCGUAGGAAUCGUCCGUCGGUCCAGCCCAUCCUCAUCAUCGGCCAUCCAGGGCGGCCCGACGGUUCCAGAGAUCCUCGAGCUCAGCGACGGCUGGUACCGCAUCAAGGCCCAUCUGGACCCGGUCUUGUUGCGCGUGUUGAGAAGGGGGGGUCUGCGGGUGGGGUUCAAGCUGGCGAUCAGCGGGGCCACGACCGAGGCUCCACCUCCGGUGGCGACGACGGCUCUGAACAAGACCCCGGGGGAGAAGAAGAAGCGGGCGCCGGUGAAGGAGACAGAGGAUGAAGGAGAAGACGAGGCGUGCUUGUAUCUCGAGGGAAACGCGACCGCCCGGGCCCGCUGGCAUGAGCCUCUCGGGCUCCGCCCCCGCCCCUGGAUCGCCGCCCUCCGCUCCCUCUCCCACGACGGCGGAAGGAUCCCGCUCCUCGACAUCGUCAUCGUCAAGCUCUUCCCGCCUAUGUUCGUCGACCAGGAGGGUCGCAUGGGGCGGUGGGGGAUCGCCGAGGAGAACAUGCUCCAGCUGGCCUGGGAGAAAGAGCGGGAGAAAGAGGCCGACAACGUCGCACAGGAGCAGGAAAAGGAGCUCGAGAAGAUCCAGCUCGUCGCCGACCUCGUCGCUACUGUCCAUGCCGCUAAGAGCGAUGGCAAACGACGCUCGUCGGGCGGCGACAAGAGCGCAGAAGAAGAACGGUCGUCUCUCGAGGACGCUGCGUUUGAUGCGGAUGAUUUGUGUGAAGAGUUGCUCGAGGACGAGGUGUCCAGCGACGCACUGACGCAUCUCUCGGGCGCCCAACUCGUCCAGCUGCGCGAGUCGGCGCAAAGACGCUACGACGCGUUCCGGAGCACCGCGGCCGACGAGGGACGAAAGAUGCUCGACAUGCGGGUGCCGCCGAGGAGGACGCGCCACGUCCAGCAACUCUCCGUCAUCGACUUCCACGCCUCCAACGCCGCUUCUCGGACGACGAUGACGAUGGCGGGGAGACUGGUGGGCCAGAUAUCGGUACAAGACUUAUCGCUGCUUCCCGAGCAGUUCUUGAAGGAAGGAUGUCGCUACUGGGUCGAGAACCUCCAGCCGUCGCGCAGCGCCCGCUGGGACGUCUGCGCUCGGACAAAGACCGCCCGGCCUGAGCUGCGCGAGAUCAACUUGUCCACGAGGCGCGAUACCCGGUGGACCAGCAUCGCCUUGGACGCUUAA